ACACGUCUCAUUACACACACACACAUGUACACUAUCAUCAACUAUCCAUCUUCUUUCGAAAAACUCUAAAAUCUAAUCGACAAAAUCCUUAUUGCUCAACAACAUGGCCAUGGCCAUGGCAAUAGCUUCUUCUACUGCUAUGUCAACCCUCCCAAACAGGGAAAUUCCAUUGAAAAUUUCACCACAAAAACUCACUAAAUCAUUGCUUAAAACAACUAAGGUUAAUGCAACAAAAGGAUUAUCGAGUGUUUGUGAACCACUUCCUCCAGAUAGGCCUAUAUGGUUCCCUGGUAGCUCAGCUCCUGAAUGGCUCGAUGGAAGCCUUCCUGGGGACUUUGGCUUUGACCCUCUUGGAUUAGGGUCUGAUCCGGAACUACUAAAAUGGUUCGCGCAAGCUGAAUUGAUGCACGCCAGGUGGGCCAUGCUGGCGGUGUCUGGAAUCCUCAUCCCUGAGUGGCUCGAAAGGCUGGGAUUCAUCCAAGACUUCUCGUGGUACGAGGCUGGUGCUCGAGAAUAUUUUGCGGACCACACAACUUUGUUUGUGGUCCAAUUAGUACUAAUGGGCUGGGUUGAGGGUCGAAGAUGGGCUGACAUCCUCAACCCAGGGUGCGUGGACAUCGAGCCCAAAAUGCCUCACAAGAAAAACCCAAAGCCUGAUGUUGGCUACCCUGGCGGGCUGUGGUUUGACCCAUUCAUGUGGGGAAGAGGGUCCCCAGAACCCGUCAUGGUUUUGAGGACCAAGGAGAUCAAGAAUGGGCGUCUUGCCAUGCUCGCUUUUGUCGGAUUUUGGUUCCAAGCUAUUUAUACUGGCAAAGACCCUAUUGACAAUUUGAUGGCUCACAUUGCUGAUCCCGGUCACUGCAACAUAUUUUCGGCUUUCACUUCACAAUAAAUGGUUAUGGCAUGGUGUGGUGUGGUGUCUGAAUUCAGAAAGUUGGUCACACAACAAGCAGUGUUUUUCCAGAGUUGUAUGUACAUUAAACCAUUUUUUUUCUCAAUCAAAGCAUAUACAGAGUAAAUUAUAAUUGGAAAUUAACUGAAGCUUCCAAGAAAAUGUACUUGACCCUUUUUUUCUUCUUUU